GUGGAUUCUAAAUAAAAAAACAGAAAAAAAUUUGUGGAUUCAUUUCAAUGUCAAUUGUAUCCGCUGUGUACCGGUAGACAUUGAAUCCGCUGGGUACCGGUUCCACCAAAAAAAUUUCUGGAUUGUUGUGCCGGUAUAACUAAUGUGCAGGGCUUGUCCAAUUCUCACCCCACCGAUCCCAACGAUUCAUUGCUCAUUCUAUCCUCUCCCAGUUCCGAAAGAAGCUUGGUUGCGAGUUGCAAGUCAGCCAUGAGUGUGCAGGGAGCCAAUUCCUCUACCCAACAGGUGCAAUUCUCUCCUGCUCUUCCCAUUUUCCUGGCAAUUCAUGAUAAACGUCGGUGGGAGAAGAACUACCUCUCCAAGCUUGAUGAAUUUUAUCCCCACCAGAAUUUGAAGGCGGUCGCCAAAUCCUCUCUGGAAAAUGAUGACAAUGCGGCCGACGACGACAACGAGAUGGCGUCUCCCUGAGAACCUUGAAAUUGACUUCCAAUAACAAGUCCUUGCUCUUCCAGGUUCUCGUGAGACAAUGCUCUUCUUCCUUCUAUUGCGUUGAUUUCUUCUUAUUUGCUCUUCCUUAAUUUCUGUGUUGGUAAGAAUGGGCAAACAGUCUUUGCCAAGGAGCUAAUCUGCUAGUCCCUGUGCCAUUAAAGGUCAAUUAAAAGUUUUGUCCAUCUCAUAAAAGCUAGAAGUUGAACUCAAAGUAUUAGUCAGACCCUAGAGCCAAUCUUGUGCAAGACUAAAGGUACUUUAGCUGCCAUCUUGUGCAACUUGAAUCCAAUUUCAAUAUAUGGGUCUUAGCCAUGAGGUUACAAGUUCAAACUCCAAUCCCAAGUAUAAUCAACCAAAAAAGAGAAAAAAAAAAUCCAAUUUUAGUGCAUAAUUGCCUGCUUUAAGCCACACUGUAAAUUAAGUGAUAGCAAAUGAGCUCCAUCUCAUUCUCAACACUGUAUAUUCUUGUAAGACUACAUAUGUUUUUGUAUUAAAUUGAUAUUCUCAUCACAGUGGCUUCUUCUUAUUGUCUUUUUCAUUGCAAAAUAAAAUUUUGAAUGAUGCAGUGUUCUGAUCUGUUAGACUUUGCGUACGUGUGUGCGGCAGGUGUUUUUGUUUUUUUUUUAGAGGCUUGAUGCCUUCAUUAUGCGUUCCUGUCCACAACUUGUAUGAGACACUCAUUUAUGGUUUUGUUUUAUUUUGUUUUUCUGUCCUAACUCUAGUUAUUCGAAGCAUUCUAUUGUCUAUAGUUUUGGCCGGCACUGCAUUGAAAAGCUCACCUCAUAGAAACCAUGAAUGUAAAAUUAAUGAUUUUAUCCCCAAACAAUCAUUAUUUUUUAACCAUUAUGUUAGGUCCAGUUUUCUAGACAUUGUCUUUAUCAUCUGAUACUCAUCAUAUAAUUUUGAAUAACCUUUUGGAUUAUUCCAAUCAAAUUUACCCCUUGCAUGACUUCAUGGGAUUCAUCUUGGAUAUUGUUUGCUUUUACUAAAAUAGAUUACAUUGGGUUUCAUUACACUGGAGAUGGUAAGACAGAGGUCCUACUGUAAGUUGAUUGCUUGGUUUUCCCAGCAACUGGUGGUUCGGGUCGUAUAUUUUGAGCAAUAAGAAAUGGACCUUUAAAAGAUAACUCAACUUCUAAUGAGCCUAGAAUCAUGGGAAAUCUUCUUGCAAGCCGUCCACAAUUCUGUUGAAAUUGCUAAAGGUUGAAUUGUUUUGUUACUUGAGAUGUAAAAAAAUGUAAAACUCUGCAGUAUGUUCUGUUCUUAUUUAGUUCAAUGAAAUAAGAACUAAGUAGCUUGUCAAUAACAAAGCUUAGUUCUAGUGCAAUGUAUAGUUUUUGUUUUCUUUUUUCAACAAGAUAAUGGUUUGUAUUUGUUACCUUCAGGAAUAAAUGUGGCUGUCUUUGUUUUAUUGGCAAUUUUGCAAGGAAUAGUAUCUGAUCCUCUUUGUUUCAAGAACAAAGCUAAUAGGAUGCAUAUCUGUGCUUAUUUUUACUACAAUUAUUCCUCCAUUGGAAUACAAUAUGGCUCCACUCCUUCAGUACUGUGGACAAGCUGUAUUUCAUUUUCAUGUUGGCAAUACAUUUCAUUUUGGCAGUAUCUUUACCCAUAUUUAACUGAAUCUGAAACUAAAGUUCUUCCCCUUUUCUUUUUACUUGUUUGCUUUCUGUGUAAGAUAUAAAAGCUAAUGUGGAAGAACUAAGUCCUGGAAUACUUGUUCUUCUGGUAUUAGAAGAAGGAUUGGAAACAGGAACAUUUAGGAGCAAGGAUGGGAGAUAAAGAGGAUUGUGGUUAUGAUGCUAUUGUUGUAGGUUCUGGAUAUGGUGGCUCUAUUGCUGCCUGUCGAAUGUCUCUGGCAGGAACAAAGGUCUGUCUAAUAGAGAAAGGUCGGAGAUGGAAAGCUGAGGAUUUUCCUGACGACUCUUUGAAGCUCAUGUCAGCCGUCAGGAUGGAGAACCAGAAUUUAGGCAUCAGUUUUGGCCCCAAACAUGCUUUAUUCCAGGUAUAUGAGCAAAAUGAUUCUCUAGCUGCAGUGGCUUGUGGGCUCGGUGGUGGUUCACUAGUCAAUGCAGGAGUAAUGUUGAAAACCCCUGUUCGUGCGAGAAGGAAUCCUAAAUGGCCAAAGGAAUGGGAGAGGGAUUGGGAUAUUUGUGAAGCUUCUGCUGCAGCAGUUCUGAGAUUACAGAGUAGUCCAGUCAAGUUUCCAAUUGCCAAAGUAAUGGGAGAGAUAACUGAAAGAGAGACUGAAGAAAUUUGUGACAGCUUAUUUAAGCUCAGUAUGAAUUUUCAAGUUGAAGAGCCUCCAUCAACUACAAUGAAGCUUCAACAGACGAGUAGUUGCUUAGCCUGUGGAAAUUGCAUUGCUGGGUGCCCUCAUGAUGCCAAAAAUUCUACUGAUAAAAAUUAUAUUCUUUCAGCAGUCCAGGCAGGAUGUACUGUAAGAACUGAGUGUCAAGUUCAGUAUUUGACGGAGAACAUGCAUGAAGUUCUCGAAGAAGGAAGAAUCAUUAGAAAAAGAAGAUGGCGUGUUUACUUAAAUGAGAUUGACUAUAUAACUUCCGAUUUUGUCAUCCUAUCUGCAGGAGUUUUUGGCACAACUGAGAUACUUUUCCAAUCACAAAUGAGAGGUUUGAAGCUUUCAAAAGCUCUUGGAUCUGGAUUCAGCUGUAAUGGAAAUACGGUUGCUUAUGUUGCUGGGAGCACUGCACCCUUGUGUGGUUAUGGAUUGGAUAGAAAACAAGUGUCAACUAUUCCUUUUCAAGAACGGCCAGGGCCAUCAAUCUCAUCAUCUUACACUUCUUCAUUGGGCUUCACCAUCCAGAGUGCUGUACUUCCAAGGGCUUAUCCUUAUCUGCUGUUUAAAGGGAUUGUGAAUUAUGGAUGGCCAACGGGAUACUGGUUCAUUCAUGGGAUUAUUGACAAGCUGAAACAUAUCCUGGGUCUUAAAUCAACUCAAGCAAUUGCCCUCAAUGCAAUGGGAUAUGAUGAAAGUGAUGGGAAUAUCGUGUUAGACAAAGACACGGAAAAAAUCUGCUUUACUCCACCUUAUGAUCCUUUGCUCCCCCAAAAAAUUGAAGCCUAUCAAAAGCUCACCAAGAAAUUGGGGGGAAUCCUGUUUAUGUCUAGGUACAGGAGUACAGCAGUUCAUCUUUUAGGUGGAUGCAAUGCAUCAUCAGAUCCUUCACGUGGGGUUUGCAACCACAAAGGUCAGAUUUUUGAACCAACAACUCCUGCCUCUGUGCACCCAGGCCUCUAUGUUUGUGAUGCUUCUUUAAUCCCAUGUUCCGUUGGUAUAAACCCAUGUCUUACUAUUGCAACAGCGGCUGAACAUGUAAGUAGGCAUCUUGUGCAGGAUGUUCUCGACUACAAGAGCAAACGAGGUAGAAACUUUGACAUUUCAACUGUUGAACGAAACCCAUGUUUGGUCGCCGAUAAAAAUUCGGAUAAUGACCACAAUUCAAAUGUUCUGUUCAAAGAAACCAUGAGAGGCUAUGUUGGGGGUAUGCCAUGUUCUGCUCAUCUCAAAAUGAAAAUGAAUUAUCAGAAUAAGGAAGGGAUUGAUGAACAUAAUUUGCUUAGCAGAGGAUUUCAUCCUCUUUUGAGGGGAAAAGUUGGCGGAUUUGUGGUGUUUAAAGCCAUUGAAAAGGAUAAAAUUCACAUAAUAGAUGGCGAAGUGGAUCUCUGUGUGGUGGACCGUAGAACUCCUUACACACAAUAUAUGCACUAUCGUCUUCUCCUUGUAGCUUCUUCUGGUUCAAAAUAUGUUCUCGAGGGAAAGAAGAUAUUGAAUCCGUAUCUCUUUGCAGUAUAUGCUUGGAAAGAGACAACAACACUGCAUGUAACAUUUGAAAAAGUUGCUGCGAACUAUGCAAGAGAGACAAUGGUGAAUUUAAAAGGAGAGCUUAGAGUUUCCUUCAUGGAGCUUAUUAAGAGUUUAUGGAGCCUCAAAGGAGACAGGUCAGGAAGAUUCAUAUGCAUUCUUCUACAGAGUUUACUGAGAACAUAUGUUUUACAAACGCCAAGGGAGAGUCACAGGGACUUCAUCCCAAAUGAUUACAGCAACAAACCUUAUCCAAGGAGCACACUCUAUAAAAUAAAAACAGAUGGAUAUUUCAUCAGUUGCAGGCAGUGGAAAUGCUUUCCAAAUCCAAUGAGGCUUAAAGGACAGAAACAAUUAAAUCCUGUCCUCCUCCUCGAUGGUCAUUCGACUGAAAGCUACUGGCUUCCAACAGAACCACAUGAUUUGAUUAGAACCUUACUGGAAGAAGGACAUGAAGUCUGGGUACUGCGACCACGAUUGCACCCAGCGAAUCCAGCCAACAGCUUCACUAUUGAAGACAUUGGCAAAUAUGAUAUCCCUGCAGCAAUUAAUUUGAUCCUUGAAUUGAAUGGACCAAGCACAAAGAUACAUGUAGUUGCACACUGUGUUGGAGGCUUAGCCAUUCAUAUAGCUCUCAUGGGAGGUCAUGUCUCUGCAACCCAUAUAGCUUCUCUGUCUUGCACCAAUUCUUCAAUGUUCUUCAAGCUUACUACACUAGCCAGAUUCAAAAUGUGGCUUCCUAUAAUCCCAGUAUCAAUGGCUAUACUAGGCAAGAAGAAAAUCUUGCCUUUGUUGGAAACAUCAAAGAGAAGUUUUCGACACCGGCUCUUGAAAUUCAUUGCCUCUUGCAUACCACGAUACGAAAAAUGCACCUGCAAGGAAUGCGAAACUUUUUCAGGAAUAUUUGGUAAUACAUUCUGGCACAAAAACGUGAGCCCGACCUUGCAUCAAUGGUUGAAUGAAUAUUGCUUAACAAGGCUCCCCAUGGGAGCAUUUCCUCAUCUUAGAAAAAUCUGCAACUCAGGAUUUAUUGUGGACAAGAAUGGUAACGACUCAUACUUGAUUCAUCCAGAAAGGAUGGCAGUCUCUACACUAUAUAUCUCGGGAGGAUGGAGCCUCCUCGUGACUCCGGAAACUUCAUUUCUGGCGAACAAGUACAUGAAACUGCACCAACCCAGUUUCAGACAUGAAAGGGAAGUUGUAGAAGGAUUUGGACAUUCAGAUUUGUUAAUUGGAGAGAAAUCUUAUGAAAUGGUUUUUCCUCACAUCUUGUCUCAUGUAAGAGUAGCUGAACAAGAAAGCAAAGGUGUGAUGAGCUCAGAGAGAAAAAAGUAUAGUAAUGAUGCAUUAAACUGGAGUGGUGAUCUUUAUGAAGGAUGCAAAGGAUUUGGAAGUUGGCUAUCUCCUAUGAAUGUUGCUGCUAUUUUCUUGGUAUUGUUUUUGCUUAUGUUAUUUUCCUUUUUGAUGUAAUGUUUAACAAGCUUUAUAUUUUUUUUUUCAAUUA